AUGCAAUAUUCAAAACACCCACCUAUAAGUAUCAUGGCAACUCUGUGCUGAGUUUCCAGGGAACUCUUCCGAGGCAAUAAGCACGCACACUAUAAAAAACGGCCACUUUAUGGAAGUUACAGAUGAUACCCAAGGUAGCCAAAUUAGCAUCUGUUACUUUUGACUCAAGCACCCUUCCACCCCUGUUCUUGUCUUUGUAGUCUAGAGUCUUCCUUCUCGAAGUAAACUCCACGAUAGUCUCCACGAUUGUCCCCACGCACCCACAGUAUGACGCGUGGAAAAAACGAAAUCAUCACCAUCUGAAACAACAACACCAGAAGACAAUCAAUCCACACAUAAAAUGGGGCCCAAGACACGUAAGACAACACAGAAGAAACACGAGGGACAGGAGUCAGCCAGUGAUUCCAAAGCACCAGCAACAAAGGGCAAAUCAAAGGACUCAAACGGUGCCAAGGAGGUCAAAGAGAGAACCUCAAGGAGAUUAUCAUCGAGGUUCUCGGAGGAGGCCGACUCAUCUACUCCUAAUACAAAGAGAAAGAUAACCAGUACAGUGCCUCAGGGAGCGCCAAACGCAUCUAGCAGUGUGAGCAAAAAGCUCAAGUCCAAUCCGAUCGUGACCGAGCAGGACAUCAUCAAAUCCAAUAAUAGUCAAGAGUUGGUCGAAUUCAUCAACUCGCUCGUGAAUACCAAGCAGGACGAGGUCUUCACCAAGUACCAGCAGAAAGUGCAGUCACAGUUGGAGUCUGACCACGAACUCAUCGAGGAGUUGAAUUCUACUGUGAUAGAGAAACAAGCAAUAAUAGACAAUUUGAUCAAAGAGCUUGAAGAAGCCAAGAAAGUGAAAUACCCAAAGCUCUUGAGCACAAACUCUACCGUUCUAGACAUUAAUGAUACCAAUGGUACGAAAGACCAGGUGUAUCAAUCACCAAUCAGAAAGAAGAAGGUCAAGAGAAUCGAUGGAAUGGACACCGAGGAAUCUUCCUCACAUUUGAUAAACCAAGACCAGUUAUCGAAGGAGUUGGAAAACAUAGGAUUUACUUUGGAUAUGUUGGAGUUGUUAACUGGACUCAGAAUUACCAACUUUCAGGAGGAUGGGACAAGGUAUUACUUCGAUGUUAAGCAAACUUCAACUUCCUCGAAUUCAUCGACUGAAAGCAUAUUUAUCAACUAUAGGUUAGUGAUAUCCAAAACUUUCGAGUCUACAGCCGAAAUAAAUUAUAUUCCCACGUUUUUGGAAGCAUUAGAGGAUGAUUUUGAACAAGACGAGGAUGAUUCCAUACUAGAAAUCGAUUUAAUCCGGAACGCAAAUUAUUUGAAGAGGAUAUUGCCAGAAUACUUGUGCGAAAACUUGUCCUUUCCGUACAACACGCUUUCUCAAUUCUACGGCAAGGUGAAUAGGGCGUUGAAUAAAAGAGCAAGGAACUAGACUGACGCGAAGCAACAUUUGUUGACGUUAGAUGUUGCAUCGCCUCAUGGCAAAAAUUCAGCUUUUCAGAAUCGUCAAAAGUGAGCCCAGACGUGUGGCCCAAUGCACGGCUAGCCAGGCGCGAGCCACGUAGCAUGAGGACUCUUGCAUUUUCACACCGAGCUCUGAUGCAACAGGGUAUACCUUAAGGAAUCAUGCAUUUUUGCAUAGACCAAAUACUUAAGAGGACAUGCAGUUCUACAGGACUCGUCUACAUUGAUGUUACGCAGGGUACGCAAGGAAUAGGAGGAGUGGUUUAAGGUAGGAACUUAGGAACGUACAUAGGCACUUUUGUGCAAGCAUGGGAAUAAGAAAAAGAAGUAGUAAGAAAACCCGACAGUUCAA